GUAUACAGCGUGUAAGUUUCUGUAGCACGUAUUCUUUUGAAAACAAUCAAACAAUCUAUCGAUUGGCUUUUUACAACCAUCGUACAAAUCAUUCCUAACGACAUGAAGACACUCGUCUCCUUAUCGCUAUUGGUGUUGAUAUCGCUGCUGGCAUCGAGUUUUGUGCUGGCCGAGCGUGAUGAGUCGCUUCAGGUAUUCACGCAGCUGAAACGGUCCAAGAAGAUACUGUCCGGCUUUUCGGAUUAUCUGGCCACUGCUCAGAGUGAUGUAAUCCUCACGGAAGAAAGCUACAUCCAGACAGCCAUCAACGAUGAAUCCGCUCUACUCAACCAACUAUCCGGAAGCGACGUCCAAGUCAGUGGUCCACAAUGUGUCCAAUUCAUCCGGCAGAGUGCCAACAUUCUGAUGAGCCUGACUGGCAUUGCCUAUGCCAACUGCCUUAACGAUGCCGAUGACCAGGUGUUCAGUAAACUAUCGCAAAUCGACAACCUACAGCUGUCCCGUGAGCAGUACGAACAGUUCAAUCUGUUGGGUGCAUUCCGCGGGGAAAACAUCUUCGUUGAUCCAGCGAAACUUCGCAACAAGCUGUCAGAACGUUCGAAAGGUGGCCUCAACCUGCCGACCCUGUCAUUCGAAAACAUGGAUGCCCUCCAAGCGGGUUUCAACGAAAUAAAGACCAGCGUCCGUAGUUGUAUGACUGCCGCCCAGGGCAGAUUAUCGGACAGCUUGAAGUUCGCCGCUCUGCAAGUGCGAUCAAUUUGUGCUGGCGAAGCAUCAAAGCAAAUCUAACAAUCUAACGAUGUUCAUGUAGUGUAGGCACUCGGUGAAAAGGCGUACGAAAUAAAUUAUGCACUGAUGAUUAUUGAUCUUUAUGAACGGGUAUAUUUACUUUAUAUUCACCCGA